AUGUACAUACACAGAAAUAAACAUACACAGACACAUGUACAUACAUACACAGACACAUGUACACACAGACACAUAUACAUACAUACACACAAACACACACACAUAUAUGUACAUACAUGCUGGCACAUGUACAGAUACACACAUGUACAUACACAGACACAUGUACAAUUGUACAUGCAUACACAGACACACACACACAAACACACACUAUCACCACCCCCAUAAAAAGUUGCAGUACUUCGUUGUUCACUCACAGAUCCGGGUACUGCACUCUAGGGGGAGGCAGAGAACACAGCACACACUCCUUCCUUUGCUUUCAGUGCGCUCAGCUAUUGAACAGUUUGACGGCUCCCAGUGCCAAUGACAGAUCUGGCCUGAGCUCCGAGCCUGCUCAGCAAGAUGGCCCUGGGGGACACACUCACCCCCACCAUAAUUUCCACUCACCAUUGGCGAGCAGGCGAGUGGAAAUUUCAAGCCCUGGUAUA